CAGCCAUACAAUAGUAGAAAGAAGAAGGCGACUUAUCCUCAUCCGCUGGUUAAUCAGACGUGUGCUUGCUAAAAAUGGCCGCGGAGCAGCAGAAUGAGGUGAAAAUACUGCAAAAGGAGGAAAAUAAAGAGAACAGCAUCGACGGGAGUCUUGGCCUGGAGAUCCUGCAGAUCAUUAAAGACUCUCAGCAGCAGCAUGGACUCAGACAUGGGGAUUACCAGCGCUACAGGGGUUAUUGCUCCAGACGAUUGCGUCGAUUGAGAAAAACCCUGGGCUUUAAAAUGGGCAACAGACACAAGUUUACUGGGAAGAAAGUGACUGUGGAGUUGCUUUCAGACAACAGGCAUCUGUUAUUAGUGUUAAUGGAAGCAGAAAGAGCAUGGAGUUAUGCCAUGCAGCUUAAACAGGAAGCUAACACUGAGCCUCGAAAGCGUUUCCACCUGUUGGCUCGCCUGCGAAAGUCAGCCACACAUGGGGAGCAGCUAGAGAAAUUGUGUGAGAGUCCCCGUGUGGAUGCCAAGACCAAACUGGAAGCUCAGGCAUACACUGCUUAUCUGAAUGGCAUGGUUCAGUUUGAACUGCAGGAAUGGAAAUCUGCAAUGGAGGCCUUUAACAAGUGCAAGACCAUCUAUGAGAAACUGGCAAGUGCUUUUACUGAGGAGCAAGCAGUGCUUUAUCAUCAGAGAGUGGAAGAGAUUUCACCCAACAUCCGAUACUGUGCAUAUAACAUAGGAGACCAGAAUGCUAUAAAUGACCUCAUGCAGAUGAGACUGAGUGCAGGAGGAGGGGGUGGCAUGAUGGCUGAAAAACUGGAGGCGCUGAUUACUCAGACAAGAGCAAAGCAGGCAGCUGUGAUGAGUGAGGUUGAGUGGAGAGGCCGUACAGUGCCUGUCAAAAUUGACAAGGCCAGAAUCUUCCUGCUGGGUCUGGCAGACAAUGAAGCUGCUAUUAUACAGACGUUUUAGUGAACAUUGUUAUCG